CUUUUAUUCGCACUCGAACGAGCCAACGAGGAGAUGCUCUUCUUCUCAUCGCCUCAUCCUCAGAAUCCAUAUGACAAGUCUUCUCCUGCUGAUUUUCUCAUCAAGUUCGUAUGCCCAGAACUUCGUGCGUUUACUUCUGGUUUGAUCUAUUUAUGCGCUAAUAAGCGUGUGAUAUACAAUUUAAGCACAGGAGAGUAUGUGAAUUUACCUGACCUGAAGAGAUACAGAAAGUCCAAUAGCUUUUUAGGGUAUGAUCCACUUAACAAGCAAUUCAAAGUAUUGUACAUGGCUUAUCUAAGUGGUCCUGAUGAUCAUAGAAUUCUGACGUUAGGACCAAGUAAAGAGAAGAAGUGGAGGAAGAUCAAAUGUCGGUUAACACAUCAGCCUUUGCAUGAUCAGGUACGCAUCAAUGGGAUAUGCAUCAGUGGGGUUUUGUAUUACAUAGGUAAAGCCUAUGGUUACACAGCUGAGGAGAGGCAUUACAUGAUAAUUUGCUUUGAUGUUAGGUCUGAGAAGUUCAAGUUUGUUGAAGCAGAAUGCUUUGGUGAUCCAAAAGCUACUAAACUGAUUAACUAUAAGGGUAAAUUAGGUGGGAUAGACUUGACAUAUAAUGACUCUGAUGCCAUUGAGUUGUGUAUGUGGAUUCUAGAGGAUGUUGAGAGAAAAGAAUGGUCGAAAUAUGUCUACACUUUGCCUGUGAACAAUAUCCGCAAUGUUUUCGUUGUUGGGGUGAUUACUACAGGUGAGAUUGUUCUUUCAGAGAAGUUUACAUCUACACCGUUUUGUGUUUUCUACUUCAGUCCCGAAAGAAACACUCUCCAAAGAGUUGAAAUCCGAGGGGUUGGAGAAUACCAUGAAGCUUUUGAGACUGAAUGCACAGUUCGAGCCUUUGUAGACUAUGUAGUUGGUUCUAAGUUUAUAGCAUAAGAGUCUAGCUAGUUAUGGCUAUGAAUGUGUCUUCUCAAUCAUAGGUUCCGUGUGAGUUUUAUCACUUUGUUGGCUUUUCAUUUUUUUGUUUACCGGUUUAUACCACCUUAUUUGAGAACUAUUGAUGUUUUUUUAAUAAAAAAGUUUAAACGUUUGGGAUUGGGAUUGGCUUUUGCUUUAACCGUUCGUUAGAAAAUACACUCAUGCACACACAUUUUAAUAAUAAAUCACUAGAUUCAAAACAUUAAGAAAUGAUUGUUAAGAGACAAGUAAUGUGUAUUUUGUGUCACACACACUCUCUCUCUCUUCUUUUGAAAGAUGGGGAGAGAAAGAGGGAGAUUAACAAUGAACACAAUGCAUGCUUACGACGAGCUGCAAGUCAUCAAGAAACUCACUUCAGCAGGAAAGAGGAGAGCUUACGGUAUUAACACUCUCAACUGUUUAUCCCAGUCUCUUCACCAAUGGAUCUUUCCAAAGUAUAUCUGAAUCAUCAAUCAUCAUCAUUGGUUUUAUUUAGAGAAAUUAUAAGAACAGAGAUAGAUCAUGAGAUGCUGAAAUGGAAACCAUAUAAAAUUACUUGAGAUAACUAAGCAACUUGUGUUUUAUAACAUAAGAAGUUUCAUACUCAACAAUCGGUUUAGCUGCAAUACAUUUGGGUUUUGUCUAUGUAACAUGAUAUUUUGUUAUAAUCCAAUAUUUUGCAGUGUGCAGUUGUGAGAAGUAUAAUAAUGUGCUAUGUUAUUGUUAUCUUCUCUAUAAGAUAUGGUGAUAAAUGAAUGCAUCUCAAUGUAUGAUCUCAUUCACAUUAUCAGACUGAUGUAACACUUUACAUUUCUUGUAGCGUGAUGUAUGUUACAUUAAUAUUCUUCUCUAAAUCUAGCUCAAUCUUCAUGUGCGUGAUUGAUCUUUCUAUCUCACGUUCAUCGUCCGGCUUGCUUGUUCUUUUUAUAGCUAGUUGAUAUUGUGUUGAAUAAAUCAUGUAAAAUUUAUUUAAUAGGGGACAACAAUCAUUUUUUCUUUCUUAUUCUUCCGUCUCACUCUCUCUUUAGAAAAAAAAUAUAUAAUUCCAGUUUUUGUAUUUUGAAGUAUGAUUCCAAUUUAUAUAUCAACCAUGAUAUGUUUUCUAAUAUAUAUGAACAAGAACAAAUCAAAAAAGUGACACGACACGUUCAUGUACAAAUUGAUAACAUGAACCAUAUAGGAUACUACGCCAUCUUCGUAAAGGUUUUUUUUUUGAACCACUUAAAUUUGAUUCCUUCUUAUCUUAUAUUAUUGGAUUGUUAUAUGCUUUUUUUUGCAUGAUCGCUAACAACCUGACAGCUAGAACGAAGACAACACACUAUCUUGAAUAUGCAUUUUUGUCCAAAGUUUCCUCCACGUAAAAAGGAAAAUAUGUCCAAGCCGUGUUCUAAAAUAUAAAGAAAAAUACAAUACAAACGUGAGCCACAUAAUAUUCAACCGCUUCCCAAAGCCUAAUCAAUAAAGAAGUAAGUCAAUAACAACA